UGACCACACUUCUGUGGGAUUAAUGGCCACAUGACAACCCUGGGCUGGCCGCCUAGUGAGCCUUUCAUUUGGCUUCACUUGCAGAGGCGGUCUGUGUGCUGUCCAACAGUUUACUGAGAGCUGGAGGUUUCCAAACUUCAUUCCUGUGGAUCUCUAAAUGAAGUCUAAACCGGACAGACCGAGAGCUCACUUGUGAUGGCGCAGGACGUUACCAGUUUAACUGGAGAGGACCAUUUUGAGGGGAAAUCAGCCCUUUGUUCAGACGCAGACGCUUUGAGUCAAGGGGAUAAAGAAUAUGAUGACAUUUUGGAGCUUAAUCAGUUUGAUGGGCUGCCUUAUUCCUCCAGGUUUUACAAAUUGCUGGAGGAAAGAAAAGAGCUGCCAGUGUGGAAAGCAAAAUGUGAAUUCAUGGACACUUUGGCCAAAGGACAAUUUGUUGUUGUCAGUGGUUCUGCUAAAACUGGGAGGAGUUCUCAAAUUCCACAGUGGUGCGCUGAAUUCUGCUUGUCAGUCCAGUUCCAGCAUGGCAUGGUGGUUUGCACCCAGAUUCAAGCGCAGCAGGCUGUAGAUCUCGCCUUGAGAGUGGCUGAUGAGAUGGAUGUCAACAUUGGUCAUGAAGUCGGAUACAGCAUCCGUUUGGAAACCUGCUGCACUACUGACACAGUCCUCAGGUACUGCACAGAUGACAUGCUGCUGAGAGAGAUGAUGUCAGACCCUUUGCUUGAGCACUACGGUGUGGUAGUUGUGGACCAGGCCCACCAGAGGACCGUAGCCACCGACGUACUCCAGGGUCUGCUGAAGGACAUUGCCCUGCAGAGGCCAGAGUUCCGCGUGGUCCUCCUCACCUCCACUGAACCCGGCCCCAAGCAGCUGGCCCACUUCACUGGGUCCACGGUGCCUCUGAUUCGCCUGGAUAGCCCGGGUGCAGGGGAGGUGGUGCACAGCAGCACAGGUGACAGCUACUUCUGCUCUGCUCUCCGGCUGGUGCUGGAGAUCCACCACUCUGAGGAGGAAGGAGAUGUGGUUGUGUUUCUGGUGACUACACAGGAAAUAGAUCUAGCACAUGAUAUCCUGUGUCAUGAGGGACACAGUUUACCCCCUGAUCUGGGUGAGCUCCUGCCUGUUGCUGUGCACCCUGGCCAAACUGGGAAUCUACCAAUCCUGGGGGAGGAGGACACCGGCCGGACCCGCAGAGUCUUCCUCACAUCCAGCCCAAACGAGGACUUCUUCUGGGCUGUUAGAUCAGUAGGCUUUGUCAUUGAUGCCGGGCUUGAGAAAAGAUAUGUUUACAACCCCAGGAUCAGAACAAACUCUGUCAUCAUUCAGCCAAUCAGCACAGGUCAAGCCGAGAGUCGGAAACAGCUGGCGGGCCCCACAGGCAAGUGUUUUUGUCUGUACCCAGAGGACAGACAGCUCCCUGCCGAGAUACGACCACAUAUUGUGGAAUCUGACAUCACUUCCACUGUGCUCUUCUUGAAGAGGAUGGAGAUCGCUGGGCUGGGCCACUGCAACUUUAUCGACCGGCCAGAUCCUGGAGGCCUGAUGCAGGCUUUGGAGGAGCUGGACUACCUGGCAGCUCUGGAUAAUGAUGGUAACCUGUCUGAGAUUGGUAUCAUCAUGUCCGAGUUUCCCUUGGAUCCCCAAAUGGCCAAGACUCUGCUCGCUUCCUGUGAGUUUGACUGUGUCAGCGAGGUGGUCAUCAUUGCUGCCAUGCUAACAGCACCAGUUUGCUUCACGGUUCCCUCUGUGGACCUGAGGCCAGAGGCGACACAGUGCCACAUGAAGUUCCAGCACCCAGAGGGAGACCACUUCACCCUUAUCAAUAUCUACAAGGCCUUUAAACAGUGCCAGCAGGACCCAUACUGUGAUGUGGAGAAGUGGUGCCAGGAUUUUUACCUGAACCACACUUCUCUGCUGAUGGCUGACGCUCUUCGUACCGAGCUCACCGACACUCUGAAGAGGAUCGAGCUGCCCGUCUCAGUGCCCGCCUUCGGUUCCCGAAGCAACACCGUCAGCAUUAAGAGAGCCCUGCUGGCAGGUUUCUUCAUGCAGGUGGCACGAGAUGUGGAUGGAUCAGGGAAUUACUUCGUCAUGACCCAUAAGCAUGUGGCACAGAUUCAUCCUAUGUCUGGUUAUGGAGCCAAGAGCCCCAAGCGGGGCCUGCCGGAGUGGGUGCUAUUCCACGAGCAUUCCUUCUCUGAGGACAACUGUCUCCGCACUGUUACCCACAUAACACCGGAGGAGUUCGUUCAGAUGGCACCUCAGUACUACUUCUACAAUCUACCGCCUAGUGAGAGCAAAGACAUGCUCCAAGACAUUUUGAACCACAGAGCUUCUCAAUACCAAGAGGAGACACCUCCAACCUCCCAAGAGGACCAGACUAAUGACCGCUGUGUCAUACAGUGACUGACUGACCAGUAUUACCAGUAAGCAUGUAUUGCACUACACUACACUCUACUGUACAGAAUCACAUUGUUUGGGUAGUUGUAUAAUUGAUCAUAAUUUUUUUUGGAGGAGUUUCAUUUGUGCCCUUCAUCCACAGGUAUCACGUUUGCUGUAUUUUUCUUUGGUAGUUAAGCAAAGUUCUUCUGCUGAUUUUCAGCAUCUUUUUAAUUUAUAUUUGCACUUAAUCAUCCUAUUCAACAGAACAAUCUGGUUACUAAAUUACCAAGAAUAAUUCUCUCAUGAUUUAAAAUGUCUACUUCAUUUUUUUUUCCACUCCAGUGGGGUUUAUAAUUUAGAUUCACACUACCCACAUUUCACAUCUUACCUUGAGUCACUGUCCAACACAGCACAGAGGGUCCAACCUGAUUAAUGAGGUGCAGGGACAGUUUGGGUCCCCCUGCAGCUCCAUCCUUUGUGGAUAGAGCUCAGUAACAGUGGAGUGACCCAGUUCACUGACACUGCAUUAAAAAAAUCAUGUCCCCUCGUCAAUGACUCAGGUUGAACGGUGCAGCAAGAACCAGAUGCCAGAACCAACAGGCAACAGUAUCAUCCAACCCACUUAAAAUUUUUCACUCUCAAUUGUCUUUUUUAAGGAAAAGCAGCUGUGCACAGGUCAUUUUGACAAAUAUCAGAAUAAAUAAACUGAAAUAAUAGCCUAGUAUGUUAGAUCAUACUUCAGAUUUGUUAUCUAUCCCACGCCAGCAUUUCGAGAUGCUUUAGGAGAAACAUACAGUAUUAUGAGUGACAGAACAUCUACAGAAAAACACUGCAAAAAAAUUAAAAACCUUUUAUUUUCA